AUGCCAGACAGCAGUUCCAGAAGCCAAGUAGCGAUAACCAAGCACAAGAUGCUCCAACGCACUCGAAGCCUUUGGUCUGCGGCCUCUCUCCUUCUCCCCUGCAUCUUCCAGCACAUUGCCAGCAGCUCUCUGCCGAAUGAAACCGCCAUCUCCUCCCAACAACUUCCGGGAAUCUUGAACGCUUCUUCGUUCCAACUCCCAAGUUUAUCGUCCAUAUUCCCUUCCAGCAACUCUUCUAAUAAAGUUUUGGACGGCUCCAAGGCAUCGGCCCCACCAGCUCCAAUAACCCCGUUGAGCCCAGAUGCGGUAGCGAAGCAGUCCGACUUCGAUCGCAAAAACAUCCCAGGUCGUCCCGUGCACACGGCAGGUGCGGGCGCGUAUGGGACAUUCACGGUGACCACGAAUUUCGCCCAGAGCCAAACUAUCAUGGACCUGUUUUCUAACGUGGGUCAAAGCACCCCAGUCACAGUCAGAUUUUCGAACGCUCUCGGGGAAAAAGGAUCGUUUGAUACCGCGCGUAACGUCCGGGGAUUUGCGAUGAAGUUUCAGACUAAGCAAGGAGCUUGGGAUUUAAUUUCCAACAAUGCUCCAGUUUUUUUCAUUCGUGACCCAGCUAAGUUCCCGCCCCUGAUCCAAAGUCAAAGUCGGGAUCCUUCGAACAACUUGGCCAAUGCGGAUCCUGCGUUUAACUACUUUCCAAACAAUCCAGAAACCAUGAACAUGUUUCUCCGAAUCUUUUCGAGCGCAGGAGUUUCCAGAGGAUGGAUUCACACUAAUGCUUGGAGUAUAAAUACUUAUCGAUGGUAUAAAAGUGACGGUACAUGGUCUUAUGUCAGGAUAAACUUCGAAACGAAGCAGGGUGUAUUAAAUUUCACGGCGGCAGAGCAAGCGCAAAUAACGGAUCCCAGCUAUUCAGCCAGAGAGCUCUAUAAUUCAAUCCAAUCCGGCCAGUUCCCUCGAUGGACUAUGUAUGCUCAAGUCUUGUCGCCCACAGAUGCCGAGAACUUCAGAUAUAAUGUGCUUGAUCCUACUAAGGAAUGGCCUACUUCGCUUGUCGUUCCUCAAGAGAUAGGUGUUUUGGAACUCAACAAGAACCCAGCAAAUUAUUUCACCGAAGUAGAAAAGCUUGCGUUUUCACCUGCUAAUGUAGUACCAGGUUGGGCAGCAAGUCAGGACCCAGUUUUGCAGAUGAGAUUAUUUGCCUACAGUGACAGCUCUCGUUAUCGAUUGGGUACAAGCAGUCCCACAAGAAUGAUGAAGAGGUUUUUGCCGAACCCUCCAGUGCUCAAUACACCAGGUCAAAUUCUCAAAAACUCGGCGAAAAUUCUCACCAAUUCAGCCCAAAGUCAGAACACGUCAACAAACACUGCUCCUCAGUAUGACUCCGAGCAUAGCUUAUGGAUCAACCAAGCGCUCCAAUCAAUGAACCAGGUCUCGGAAAUAGAUUUCGAGCAACCAGGUUUCUUUUAUGGCAAUCUGACUCGAGACCAAAGAUCUGAGCUCAUCCAAAAUAUUGCCGGCGGUUUGAGCGUGGUUUCUUCGCCGGAUAUCCAAGCCAAUCUAAUUAGUUGGCUGGCCAAAGCUAGUCCUGAAUUAUCCAAACAAGUGUCUUCAAAGCUGAAAAGUAUGACUGGAUGA